CCUGCAGACAUCUAACCUGCUGGCGGCUCUAGUAGUGAACGAGAGACACUGAGAGACUCAUCAAAUAGAAGAUGAGAAGUGAAAAAUGACCAAUACGAAGGGGAAAGAGAGACAGAGAAGAAGUAAGUAGUGUGAGGAAGUCGAAGAAGAGGAAGAAGCGAAUAAUUGAUAAGUCAAGAAGAUUACAUGACCAGAGGAGAGACAGAAAAAGUAAUAAAGGAAAGAGUAAACUGAAUGAUGUAAUGAGGAAGAAUAUGUCAUAAAAGACGUACAGUUGAAAGAAGAAGACAAAUGAAGAACAAGAAAUAAGCGUUGGGGAAAGAAUUAACCAUAAAAGAUUAAAAGAAAGAAGAAGAAAGUUAGAUAAAGGGGAGAGAAUCAAUAAAGGAUUAAAGAAGGAAGAACAUACUAGCUAAGAAGGAAGAUAAAUGAAGAGAGAAAUGUUAUGGCAGAAGAGAGUUGGAUGGUAGGAGAAGGGGAAAGACCAAGAAGGAAAGGAGAUGGAAGGUGCGCUCAGUAUGCCGGUGGGUCGAGGAGGGAGGCAGAUGCUGAUGGUAUUGGUGGUGGCGGUGAUGAUGCUCCUGGGGUACUCCAUACUCUACCCUGACAACCCAACAGGUAUCUCUGCAAUAAGCUUCACGGCAGACCAGCUGAAGUUCCUACAAGCGUACGCGCUGCCCGGUGACUUUAAAAACGAUACAGUAUCAGUGACCACACCUGGACCCAAGGAGAGGAGCAAAGCCCUUACCAAACACGUGAACGAUGCUUGUAGGACGCUGAAUAUCUCCCUCCCUAUUAGCAGCUUCAUGUUAUCUCAUAUGCACUUCGAUGACAAGAGAAAGGCUAUUUAUUGUUUUAUUCCGAAGGUUGCCUGUACCAGCUGGAAAAGAGUGUGGAUGAAAACAACAGGUAUAGUUCCACCUGACCAGGACCUGGCUUUAAUUGGCAGGUACACAGUCCACACCAGAGUACCUCUUCUCAGUGCCACUAAAGAGAGUAUGGAGAAACUAAACACAUACAAGAAGUUCCUUUUUGUACGACAUCCGUUUGACAGGGUUCUGUCUGCCUACAAGGACAAGCUGGAAAACGUCGACAGACAAAGCUCCUACAACUUCCACAAGGAGAUUGGAGAAAAGAUCGAGAAGAAAUACAGAGGGACGAAAGACAGCCACGGGGACAACGUUACCUUCUCUGAGUUCAUCCGCUUCAUCUCAGAGCCAGGGCAUGGCACCUUCGAACAGCGAAAUGAACACUGGUUAUCAAUGCACGAGAUUUGUAACCCGUGUGCCGUGCAAUACGACUUUAUCGGCAAGUACGAGACAAUUAAAGUUGACGCCGAUUAUGUCCUUGAUUGGCUCGGUGCUACGGACAUGGUGGACGGUUUCCCCGCGUCUGACCGUCCGUUCCAUGCACGUCGCUACGAUCCUAAGUACUUCAAUCAGCUGAGUCACAAUGAGAAAAUGAACUUCUUCAACAAAUAUCUCGCAGACUUUGUGGCUUUUGACUACGAGUUCGUCUGAUCUCAGUUCCUCACCCUCCUCCUCCUGCAGGCGAUAACCCCGGCGUGGAACCGUCAACAUUCAGCAGUCUACGGCGUUCACUGAGCGUUGAAGGGGCUAAGUUACUUGCUUGUAAGGGAAAGAAGGAGGGACGGAGUUAAGCUCUACUUCUCACUUGGUCUUGAAUAAGAUAAAAAAGUAAUUCAAACAGGAUAGUUAGCGUAUUUUGUUUGUUUGUUUUUUUUUUUUUUUCAAAACACUGGAGUUGUGAUUAAUCUGUGCUGUGAUUCACCUUGAUAAGUAUUAUAAAGGUAUCUUAAAAAACAAAUCUCUACGACCUGCCUAACAGAUGUACAUGAAGAUCGCUGUGUGAAUGUGACCUCGUGUGACCCAACAACUGAGGACAAUGGUGCUCUUGUAAUAAAAAUAAUAAUACAAUAAUGCGAUCUCAACUAAAAUCUGUAAGUUUGUUUGUAUCUUCUCCAGGCAGCAGUAUUAUAUUCUGUAAUAUCUCAUAGUAAUUACUGGAUAUUGUUAUUUUAGUGUUGAUGAUUAAGUGUGUGUGUGUGUGUGUGUGUGUAAUAAUUAACGGUUUAUUAAGAUAACAUGGCAGCCCGAAGGCUGAAAAUAUACAAUGA